AAGUUAGUUAGUAAUGGGCUUCGCAUCAGCUCGAUUUGUCAUCCGGGGAAACCUUUCUCCCAAGCUCACUGUCAAGUCUCGAGUCUCGACACUAUGCCCGCACCCACUCAUCCUUUCCGAAAUACAGAAAGCCUUCUUGUCGUCAUUCCGGACGAUGGGAUUGACGUCGAAGCAGAAGUACGUUUGUACGAUGAGUUUUGUGACGAUCAAGUAUCCAUUCGCCCAUCUACCCGGCCAAAGUCUCCUCAAGAGCCACCCUCAAUUUUCUCGCGUGACAUCUGGCUUAACGACAACUCAGGCACGAGUCUUGCUUUUGCCCGAGCUGUGCAUAUCGCCGGGUGGACAAGUGUUGGCGAUAAGCUAGGUGGGGCUUAUGUCGUCUAUGAUUGUGUGAUUCGCACAAAAGAAGAUACUACUAUUCACGCACAUAAGCGGUAUAGCGAUUUCGUGCUGUUGCAUGAUGCUCUGAAGCAUUCAUUGCCUAAACAUCAACACCAUUUUAUCCCAGCCCUCCCCCCGAAAUAUCCUUUCUCCCGCUAUCGAGCAGCUUUCCUCGAUCGUCGCCGGAGACAACUACAGUAUUGGCUCUCUGCCAUUCUUCUACACCCAGAGAUCGGUGCAUGCCAGCCUGUAAGGUGGUGGGUUAUGGACUAAUUAUGCACGAUAUUUUGUGCGUGGAAUGCAUGCCAAGUAUGAGCUAUGACGGUGCGGAUUACGUUUUUCCUUAUUGCUUUAUAUUCCGGAUACUACCCUACUUACGACUUACUCUACCCAUGACAUAUCUAUCAGACUAAAUACGUUCAACCGUGUUCUUCUCCGAUACACAUGGUUUCGAGCGUUCGUUCAUCAGCAACCAAGACAGC